CUCUGCUAGGAUUACAGUUUUCUCGCCUUUGCUUUCUCUCUCUUCACAUCCAAAAUCAUCAAAUUUUCAAGAAUUGGGUUUCUUUGAAUCUCAAUAAUCCACUCAAACAACAAAAAACAAUUGAAUUUGGGUUUGGGAAUGCUGGAAGAAAUCUAUGAAAGAGUGAUUUUCUCCUGCAAAAUGUUGGGCCCUUUUACUGAUUUCGCUCCUUUCUUUAUACCCUUUUCAAAACCUAUGUCUCAUCGUUCUCUCAUCGGUGGUAAUCAUACCUCUGCUCGUUUCUGUUCCCGGUAAUCCAUUCUUUUCAGAAAACCCCUCUUCUCUCCUCUCCAAUUUUGGGUACCCAUUCUUUUUUCUUCUUCUAUAUACUUGCAAAAAAUUCGUUGUAGAUAUUCAUUUUUGAAAAGUAAAAGGAGCGAUUUUGAUGGAUCAUAGUACGGGAAAACCGGGAUUUUUUAGGAAUGUUUUGGUACGUUUAUGCCUUUUUUGUGUUGUGAUUGUCUGUUGUCGGUUUGCUUAUGUGGUGACUCUCAAAGGGGAAACUUGUGACCUCGGCGAUUUUUGUUUCUUCUCUUUACCGGAAAAUCUCAAUGUUAUUUCCGGCGUCGGACAGCUCGCUGGGUCUGUAUCAGCGGUCAUGACCACCGAAACUGCCGGAAAAUCUGCUCCGGCGAAGCCCAAACUUCCCGAUCUAUGGGCGAACAAAGAUUUCCAAAAGUCGGCCCAGUUUUAUUCUUCGGUGUUUGAGGAUCUUGUUGCGGAGGGUUUUUUGAACCCAAAUUCGAAAACCCUUUGCGUUGAAACUCCGAUGGGUGCUGAUGUUUUUGCGUUGAGGGAAAUUGGGGUUGCCGAUUCCGUUGGGAUUUACAAGAAAGGUUCAAAGCCUUUGGUGAUUACAGGUAAAGCUGUUAAACAACCCUUUGAAGAUGAUACAUUUGAUUUCAUAUUUUCCGGUGCCGGAAUGAUAGAUAAGUCACUUAAGCCGGGAGAUUUCGCGGCGGAGAUUUGCCGGACUCUGAAACCCGAAGGGUUUUUGGUUGUCCAUACAGGUUCUAAUGAUACAUACAGUUUCAAUUCAUUCCUUCAUUUGUUUAAUUGUUGUACAUUGAUUAAGUCUAGGAAUAUUGAUGGUUUCGAUUCGACUAUUCGUGAGAUUGUUAUGAAAAAGGAUGUAUUUGUUGAAGAAAAAGUGAGUGAUUCCAAGAACAAUUGUCGUCAUGUUCCCGAUUAUAAAAUGAAACUGAUUAAAAAAGCUGAGCCUUUGAUUAAAGAGGAACCUAAGAAACCAUGGAUUACACUUAAGAAGAAUGCACAGAGCAUUAAGUACUUGUCGUCCAUGGCGGAUAUUAGUUUUAAGCAGAGAUAUGUCUAUGUUGAUGUUGGUUCGAGGAGUUAUGGUUCAAGCAUUGUGAGUUGGUUCAAGAAACAGUAUCCUAAGCAAAACAAGACCUUUGAGAUAUAUGCUGUUGAGGCUGACAAGACUUUCCAUGGGCAGUAUAAGGAGAAGAAAGGGGUUACUUUGUUGCCAUAUGCAGCUUGGGUUAAGAACGAGACGUUGUCGUUUGAGAUUAAUCAAGAUCCGGGUCAUAAAGAUGUGGCAAAAGGAAGAGGGAUGGGAAGAAUUCAACCUGUUGAAUCUUCUAGUGAAUCUGCAAGUGAGGUGGAUGUAAUCCAAGGUUUUGACUUUGCUGAAUGGUUGAUGAGCGCGGUGUCGGAGAAGGAUUAUGUGGUGAUGAAGAUGGAUGUUGAAGGGACUGAAUUCGAUUUGAUCCCGAGAUUGAUUGAAACAGGAGCAAUUUGCUUGAUUGAUGAAGUGUUUCUUGAAUGCCAUUACAAUAGGUGGCAGAAAUGCUGCCCUGGGGAGAGGUCUUCAAAGUAUCCGAAUACGUAUAGCCAGUGUUUGGAUCUCUUCACUUCUCUAAGAGAAAGUGGAGUUCUUGUUCAUCAAUGGUGGUAAUCAUCAAUAAUACAGUCUAGUUUCCCUAGCUCUUUAGUUCUUAUAUAUUUGUAGUUCUUACACAACAGGCCAAAAAUUCUCUCCUUUACUUUAAAUUUUCGUAUGUAUGUACUGUUUGC